AUGAUGUUAAGAAGGAGAGCAGAAGAUGAGUUGCAACUCUCAGCAACCAUCAUCAAGGUUGAAAAUCUCCAAACAGAUCCCAACUCUGUCUAUGCCAUCCUAACUUUCAAUCAGGUCCAAAAGAAAGUUUCAACAGCCGACAAAAACCUCGAAGGAAAGAAUAGUUACGAAUGGUCUGACAAUAACAAUGUGCUCUUCAAGGAAAUUCCAGAAUUUUGCAAUGAAAGACUCAAAAUUGAAGUGAGGGAUAAACAAUCGGAUAAGUUAAUAGGAAUGACCACAACCUCACUUGAAUCAUUACCAAAGAAUUUGGAAAUUACACGUAAACUCAAACUCUACGAUACCAAGAAUGCAGUUGUUCACUUGAGGAUGAAAGCAAUUGGAUUUGGAGUUGAGCAACGUUUGUUUGAGGUUCACUCUAAAAUAAUGCCCUUCCUCAGAUCUAUUCACACACCAACUGAUGCCAUGAGAAAUGUUGUCAUUAUUCCAAUGACAAUGGAGAAUUUCUUUGGAUUGGAGCCAGCUAUUGAGGCAUUGAAGAAGAUUAGAGAGAGAAGUUCUCCAGUGGCUACUCAUGCUCUCUUUCCAGUCUUGUUGAUUUUCCCUGGAAAGUAUUUAGUGAGAGAGACCAUUAAAUUGACAGCUGCUUUGAAUGGUUUGGUAAUUUUUGGAAUUACUGACAGUAAAGAUAGUAGAGUUGAAAUUAUUCCAUACAAGAAGAGUGAACCAAUAUUUGAUUUAUCAGUUGAUGUGAAUAUUAUUCACAUGCAUGGGUUGACUUUUGAGGCAGAUAGUUUGUGUGUUAAGGCAAUUAAUCCAACAACUAAAUUGGAAGCCUACUCGUGUGAUUUAUCAAAGAUUUGGCCACCUAAUAGUAGUGUUGCUGAUAUUGUAAAUUAUGAAUUCUUUGGAGAGGAAAAUAUGGACGAAGAAGAAGGUUUCUACUAG